AUGGGAAUCAAAGGUCUGAUGAAACUGCUACAGGAGGAGGCUCCGUCCUGCAUUAAAGAGGUAGAAAAAAUUUCAGCACUGGCAGGACAUGCUGUGGCUAUUGAUGCCAGUAUGGCUCUGUACCAAUUCCUCAUUGCUAUUCGUUCAGCUGAUGGUGGCGGUCCCUCCCAAGCAUUGACCAAUGCAGAUGGAGAAGUGACGUCUCAUUUGCAGGGAAUGUUUAGUCGUACGAUUCGCAUGAUGGAGAAUGGACUUAAGCCCCUGUAUGUAUUUGACGGAAAACCGCCUGUUAUGAAGAGUGGUGAGUUGGCCAAACGAAGCGAUCGCCGUCAAGAAGCUCAGAAGGCGCUCGAGGAAGCCACGGAGAAGGGAAUUACCGAGGAUAUUGACCGCUUCAACAAACGGUUGGUGCGUGCCACACCUCAACACAAUGAAGACUGCAAGGAGUUGCUAAAACUCAUGGGAGUGCCACAUAUUACGGCUCCAUGCGAAGCUGAAGCUUCUUGUGCUGCACUGGCCAAGAGCGGACGAGUCUAUGCUGCAGGCACGGAAGAUAUGGAUGCUUUGACGUUCGGUGUGCCUGUUCUAUAUCGUCGCUUAACGGUAUCACCGGCCAAGAAGGUUCCGAUUCUUGAGAUCCGCCUUGAACGUGCACUCCAAGAGCUGGAAUUGACGACCGAACAGUUCGUAGACUUGUGCAUUUUGUGCGGUUGUGACUACUGUGACUCGAUCCGUGGUGUCGGUCCGAAGAAAGCAUUGGCAGGUAUUAAGGAGCACAAGAACAUUGAGAACUUUAUUGAGGCGCUGCAGAAAAACAAGAGCAAGGGUGUGGUCAUUCCGGAUGAAUGGCUGGGAGAAAAUCCCAUUUACAAGAAUGCACGAGAAAUGUUUACCCAGCCGGAAGUCGUCGACGCCAACGAGGUGGAGAUUAAAUGGCGUGAUCCACAGGAGACCGAGCUGCUAGACUUUUUGGUCAAGAAACACGGCUUCCAGGAGGACCGGGUGCUCUCAGCCAUUACGCGACUGAAAAAAUCCAAGAAUACGCAGUCACAGAAACGACUUGAUAGCUUUUUUACGGUGCUACCAAGCGCUGGAGGUAGCGCGAAGAAGCGCAAGGCGCUAGUUGCGGCGAAGGGAGGUAAGAAGGUGGCUACCACCAAGAAGGGCAAGAAAUAA